GUUGCCGAGUCACGGGUCCAAGAUGGAUAAACUCAAAAAAGCGGCAGGCCCCUUGGCUGCGGGGAGGAAGCAUAGCGUUUUUGACAAAGACGCGGCUUUCCGGGCGGUCAGACGCCGAACGUCGAGUCAUGAUGUUACAGGAAGUGAGCCAGGAGAUGAGGAAUCCAUUACAGAUUUGACAAGAAAUGAGCUUUUGGCACUCAAGACUAGUUUUGCAAGACCACGGUAUGCCAACACCUACAGAAUGGAACCUUACAGGAAAUGUGAGGCGCAUGUAGCAAGGAAGAAAGUGGAAGAGAUCAUGAAGAAUAAACUUAAAGAUUUCAAAUAUCAAGGUUUCAAUGGUGCCUCCAUAUGUACAGACCUCACAGGAGAAAUAUUAGCAGCUGUCAAGGAGCUGGACUUUGAUCGCUACAAAUAUAUAAUUCAAGUAUUUAUUGUAGAAAAGACUGGACAGUCGAUACAUAUUGCCAGCAGAUGGGUCUGGGAUGUUGCAAGAGACACAUGGAUUCAAGGUCAAUAUGAAACUGAGGACUAUAUAGCAGUGGCUCUGGUAAUUGCUUGUUAUUAUGAGUAACUCUUGGCAAAUGACCACUAUAACAUUCCUGUGUUUAUCUAUUAUGAUACACUAUGUUUGAUCAAAUAAAUGUCGCCACCAUUAUUUUUCCA